CUACCCGUAGCGUAGUCUGUAGACUGUAGUCUGUAGUCACCAGUCGGUACGCCGCAGCGAAACGCGCGGUCGCGCGCUGCGAACGAUCCCAGUGUCAAAAUCACCGCAAAAAUUACGCGCGAGUGUCAAGUGUCACAGAAAUUCAACAAAAAAGGAUACCAAAAUGCGUAGGAACGUGAAAAUUUUGUUCCUAUUUGGUGCUGCGUGGAUUUUUGUGCUUUUCUACUACAUGCAACCGGAGUCUACGCCGAAUAAGGAGGAGAACAUAGCACUCCGGCUCAUAAAGCAACACGAAGAGGAACCGGAGAGCAGUCCGACGUCACCGGAAGAGUACGGCACCGGAAGUACGGGGAGGUACUUUGACGAGGCGGGUUACGUGGCGGGGGGGUCGAGGGACAAUGACCCCUACGUGAGGAAUCGAUUCAACCAGGCAGCCUCGGAUAACUUGCCUAGCAACCGGGCUGUGCCGGAUACUAGAAAUGCUAUGUGCCGUCUCAAGAAGUACGACGAAGAUCUACCUCAGACAAGCGUAAUCAUCACAUUCCAUAAUGAAGCUCGCUCAACGCUCCUGCGCACCAUCGUCAGCGUCCUGAACCGGAGUCCGGAACACUUAAUCAAGGAAAUUAUCUUAGUGGAUGACUUUAGUGAUAAUCCGGAUGACGGCGCGGCGCUGCGGGCUAUACGCAAGGUCCAGGUCAUCAGAAACUCCAAGCGCGAAGGCCUCAUGCGCUCGCGAGUACGCGGCGCUGACGUGGCCACGGCGCCCGUGCUCACGUUCCUCGACUCGCACGUGGAGUGCAACGUGCUCUGGCUCGAGCCGCUGCUGCAGAGGAUCAAGGAGGAUCCAACCAGGGUGGUGUGUCCGGUCAUUGACGUCAUCAGCAUGGACACUUUCCAGUACAUCGGCGCAUCGGCCGACCUGCGCGGCGGGUUUGACUGGAACCUGGUGUUCAAGUGGGUAUACCUGUCUCAAGCUGAGCGCAGUUCUCGUCUCAGUGACCCCACUCAGGUCAUCCGGACCCCCAUGAUCGCUGGGGGACUGUUCAGUAUGAACCGCACCUACUUCAACAAACUGGGCAAAUACGACAUGAAGAUGGAUGUAUGGGGUGGCGAAAAUCUGGAAAUAUCUUUUAGGGUAUGGCAAUGCGGCGGAUCGCUCGAGAUCGUGCCCUGCUCGCGCGUAGGGCACGUCUUCCGCAAACGGCAUCCAUACACCUUCCCCGGGGGCUCCGGCGCCGUCUUCGCGAGGAACACCAGGCGAGCUGCCGAGGUGUGGAUGGACGACUACAAGGAGCUGUACUACCGGUCGCAGCCUCUGGCCAAACAGGUUGAAUAUGGAGACAUUUCGGAACGUGUGGCAAUCAGAGAGAAGCUUCACUGCAAACCCUUCAGAUGGUACCUUGAGCAUGUGUAUCCGGAGCUACAAGUUCCAGCAUUAGGAGGAGGAUCAUAUGCCAUUAGACAAGGGUCCAAGUGUUUGGACACCAUGGGUCAUCUUGUUGAUGGCACUGUGGGCAUGUAUCCUUGCCACAACACAGGUGGAAACCAGGAGUGGCGUUUCGACAAUGGUCUAAUACGUCACCACAGCCUCUGCAUCUCUCUGUCACCUGCCGAACGCAUCACAGCAGUUCUGGUCGCCUGUGACCCCUCGGACGAUACGCAACUCUGGAGACGGAGGGGUCUUCAACUCCGGCACGUGAAAUUAAAUGCUUGCCUAGACACGGAUCGGCCUGCGUUGUACUUGGAACAGUGUGAUGAUGAAAAGUUGAGUCAACAAUUUACGUUCUAAUUUUGAAUUAUUCUUGUGUAAAAAUAGAGUUUACACUUAGAGACUUAAAGCUUGAUGCAUAUGAAUAAGUUGUUGGAUGAACAAGGUGACGCUACACGGUUUGUAAGGGUUGUUCCUCUGUGAAAUAUAUUUUUUAAAUUCAUAAAAACCUUCGAAUUAAAUGUUAUUUUCGAUAUGUUUCUAUGAUUAUCAUCACAAGGACUGGCUCGAGUAAAAAUCUCAUAAUGUAAAAAUUAUGGCAGCUAUAACUACUCGUAAUUAAUUUAAGUGCUAAGUUUUAUACACUUCCUAAGAAUAUACUUUUCUCGAAUAUUUGAAUUCUACUUAAUUAUAGUUAAUUUCAAGAAGACUUGUGAGCACUUGAAAAUGUACGUCUUUUUAGUGACUCUAACUACUUGAAUAUCUCAUUGCUUAGGCUUACUGAAACAGUGUAGGUAUAUAUAUUGUAAACAUACUUGAAUAUAAUAUGUAUAUUUGUAUAACUUAAGAUAUUGCUUAAUUAGUAGGUAUAUCCAAUAAAAUAUCAGUUAAGAUUUGAGCUUAGAAUAAAAACGUCUUAUAAAUUUUAUAAAUAUAUUACUUACUAUAUUUUAUAUGAAAAGUAAAUCUAUCUUAUAUCUACCCACUUAUGAGUAAACAUAGUAAAAUUUCCUUAGCUAAGAAAAACAUUCCAUCAAUUUAGGUAAGUAAUACAAAUUAGGUUAUGUUUUACGAAAUCGUUGAAUUUUUAGUUUAUUUUUUAAAUUAAAUUUUAUUUAUUAUUAUCAAAAGUAUACUUUUGUAUUCGUAAUUGUUGUUGAUGUAAAUUUAGUUAAGUAUAUUUUAUGUUUAUUAAUUGUGUUAUUUUUCUUAUUUUAAUUACGAAUUUUAUUACCUACCUAUUUUUUUCAGUCUUGACGUGAACAAAUUAUUCCUUUAAAAAUAUUUAUAAUCUAAAUUUAUCUGUCUGUUUAUCAGUAACACGCUUGUCGCUUAACCCAUAUUAACGAAGUUUAUUGAAGUAAUAUUUCUUUAUGAUACAUAUUUACCUAGUAUUCAGUUUUCAUUAACAAAAUCCAGGUUAACACUUAAAAUAUACCUAUCAAUAUUUGUCACUUUUAUAUAAUAUUUUUAUUUAUAUCCCUAAAGAACUAAAUAUAUAUAAUAUCGAUAAAUAAUUGAUAUGUUUAAUUUUAUGAUACCUACACAUAUGAAAAACCUAGUUACCAUAGUUUACAUUAGUAUUUAAGUUUCUUUAUAAGCGCCGGGGUUGUGGAAUGCGGACUUUUAUGUAAAUAAUCAAAUGACCUGUCAGAAGUAGCAAGCAAUAGAUAAAAUAUCACGAUAAAAUGCAUUUUUUUUUUCUAAAAUGAACAAUAGAUCUAUUUCGAUUAUUAUCAGAAUAACGCAAAUAACUGUUUUGAAAAUAUUAUACCCAAAAUAUUAUAUAUUUAUUAAAAACAAAAUCUCGAACAAAUUCUCGAAUAUUAUCUAUAAGAAACAUUAUAUAGUAAUAAUUUAAUUUUACUGUAAUUUAAAGUAACAAUGGCAUUUCAAUGUAACAGAGUACCUAGUACCUGCCAAUUAAUGACAAUUUUUUUUGUUAAUCAUUGAUUGAUCAAGUUACUUUAAAAGGCAAAUUUACUCUACGAUGAUUACUAUUGUAUUAUUUACUGUUUAAUAUAAUUUACUGGAAGAUCUUAAAAUAUUCAGCAUUAGAUAGUAGUGCCAUGACAGUGACUGGACCGGCACUGGUUGCCGGAUUAAAAAUAAUAAUAUAAUUAUAAUUAAUGCUUGCUGAAAGGUUUACUUUAUAUUCUUAAUUUUACUUGGUUAUUUUUCACUUUUAUUCUUAAAAUAUACAAAAGUAUGAAGUGUAAAUAAAUAUAAAUAAAUAAGUUUAUUUGAAUUGCACAAUGUUCCAUUUACUUAAAUUAAUAUUUGUGUUACUAUUUUUUUGAUUAUUUUUCAUCGAUUUCUUUUUAUUAUCAUAUUAUUAAGUUAAUUAUUGUCUCUUCUGCUUAAUUUAAUUCACUUUUAUCGCUUUCUGUCACGUACAUAUAUUUGCAUUUUUAGUUAAAAUACCAUAUUAUUUGAAUCCAUACAUUUUUGUUUGUAAUACAUUUUUUUUCGCUUUAUUUAGUUAGAUUUUGUUAAGUUUUUAUGUUAAUUAUAGUAAAUUGUUGAAAAGAUAAUUGUAAAUUUUAUCAAAUCCAUUCACAUUCCAUACAUAAUGAUAAGAUUCGUGAUUUAAUGUACCUAGUAAGUAAAUAUAUAUAUAAAAUGUAAUUAUGUCCUAUGUAUUAUACUAUUAUCUAAGUUAAUAUAAUCACGUCAUCCUAUAAUUAAUGUAAGUAAAUAAUCAUUAUGAACAAUUACUUAGUCUAAGUUCCCGAUUAAAAAUGACCAUCACCCAUCUUCAUAUUGGAAUAAAGUGUUUUAAAUUAAAUCGUUAAAAAAUUUAAUGCUAUUAAAUUGCCAAAAAAACCCGUCAAAUUAUUACUAAAGAAACUCGUGACCAACAGUUAGCCGAAUAUGGAUUGAUAAUAAUUAAUAACUAUAAGAUUGUUCGGCCAGUAAUUAUUUAGGCAACCUACUCCUAAUAUAUUUUUAACAUCUGCUUUAAAACAUUGUUCCGCUUUAAAUUUUAUUUCAAACACUUGCCAUCCAAUAGUUAGAUGGGUAAAGGUCGUUUCUAAUAAGGAUCUUUGACUUUAUUAAGAAAAUAAUUCAAGCAAAAUGUAUUUAGGACGCUACUUCAUUUUUUCAUCUCGGAGCUUUAAUUUUUAUACCACAAACUUUAAAAGGUAUACAAAUAUAGAAGAAUCUUUUUAGUUUAAACUGGCAUAAGAAAAGUAAGUGAAAUAUUAUAUUUAAAUAUAGUUUAAUGGUAGAAAUAGACAGAAAAAACAAUACAAAAAUAAAAUUAUUUGAUUUGUUGAUUGUUCAUUAAACAAAAGAUCUUGAAUCAUACUUAUUUGUUAAUUCUAAUUCAAAUUUUUUUUGUAACUUGACUACUCUAGUCAGAUUUUUUUUAUGAGUACUUAUUUGUGUGUUUGAAAAACGAGAUGGUGAUUUUAUUUAGUGAGAUUUGACGAAUAAACGAAAUUUGAAUAA